GCAGACGUGAUAUUGGCUUCGCAUCCCAUUGCACACAUGGCGGGCUUCCUUUACACUCUCGUAGCAGCCCUCAUCGGAAAAACCUGCGUAGUUUGCAGCCCCUCGCUGCCAUUUGACAAGCUUGUUCGUGUUAUCGACGAAUACAAGGUUGCACUGGUUCCUAGUUCCCCGGCCAUGCUGCAGUAUGUCGCCAACGAAAUGAGGCGCACCGGCAUUCAGCUCAACUCGGUCCGGAAGAUCAACGUUGGCGGUGGCGUACUCACCGAAGCCCUCGUUGCCACUCUGAAGGCCGUCUUCAAAGAACUGCGCUGUAUCUCAAGCGUAUACGCACCAGCAGAGGCGUGUGGUAUCGUGUGCUUGGCAAAGGACGCGUACGCUGGAACUGUCAGUAUGGGCUGCCCCAACGCCAUGGUGGAGCUCAAGAUCAUCGACGUGGCAACCGGAGAAAAACUGGGCCCUAACGAAGCUGGAGAGCUCUGCUACAGGAUUCCGAGCGUAAUGAAAGGGUAUUACAAGGACCCUGAAAAGACCGCACAAGUCAUGGAUGCCGAGGGCUGGUGCCGAUCAGGUGACAUGGCGCGUUACGACGCCGACGGCAGGGUUCACUUCAUCGAACGUUUGCACGAAGUGAUCAGCUGCAUGGGUGAGCGGAUUCUUCCCGCUGAGCUGGAGGAGCUACUGCUCAAGCACCACGACGGAAUCGCCGAGGUCGCGAUCGCUGGGCUGCCGCACCGCAAGUACGGAGAAGCGGCCACCGCCUUCGUUGUCUUGAAGCAGUCCCACAAGCCGCCGGGAAAAAUCUGCGAAGAAGACAUCGAAAGAACCAUCUCCGAUUCGUGUGCCAAAUACAAGCAUCUCCACGGGGGCGUGUACUUUGUUCACCGCUUACCCAAGACUCAUAGUGGGAAUGUGAAGCGGUCUGCGCUGAGAGCGCACGCAUUCUCAACUUCUACUAUUUAAUUUAAAAAAGUGGAAUUGCGCAUACCUUAAACAAGUUUAAUUAAGUGGGACAAGGAUCCGGUAAAAAUAAAAACAUGUAACCCCA